AUGUAUAAGUCGGAGAGAACUCUGAGGGAAGAGAGGUGCGCGCAAGGGAAGCGGAACCCGUCUUUCUCUUCCACUCUUCUCGACAAGAUCUACAGGUCCAUUGAUGAGCCCGACCCGAAAGACGAGGAGGACAUGAGGUUCUGCAGCGACGCGGCAAUGGCGAGGAAACAGAGCAUCCGGGACGUCAAGAAAUGCGGCUCCAAAAGCAGCAAGUGCGCCGAGGAAAACCUCGCUCAUCACCGAGGUGGUUUCGUCAAUAACAAGGUCGGUGACGAUGGGGGAGCGAAAGCGAGGCAGAUGAGGGACGAGUUCGAGAGGAAGCAGAGGAGGGAUCGCGAUCGCGACCCCGAUGCUCUGUUUUUCAGUUCGACCUCGAGCUCGUCGGAUUCGAGCUCUGGUGGGUUCUCUUCCUCGGACACUGAGUCCAUGUAUGGGGUCGUCAAGACAAGAAGCUCUUGCUUCGCUCCACCAUCACUACCGAGGCCUAAGCCGGUGAGGACCAGCUCCUCUGUUAAACCGGAGAAAACAGGGAGGGCUCUGUUUCAAGAGCAGAGGAAGUCGCGUGACUUUGAUAAUUAUCGCCACGAUUCUUCUGCCGAACAGAGCGCGUACAACGAGGGAGGUAUGAUAAAGUCCAAAUCGAGAGCGUUAAAAAUUUAUGCCAACCUGAAGAAGGUGAAGCAGCCGAUUUCGCCAGGGGGCCGGCUCUCGAAUUUCAUCAAUUCUCUCUUCACCGCCACCAACACGAAGAAGCCCAAGCCGACCACGGCGACUGGUGGUUAUGGAGAACCAAAUGCCGAGAGGAAAUCUCAAUCUGCACAAGAAUCCGUGUGUUCCACGGCUUCUUCGUUCUCGAGAUCUUGCUUGAGCAAGCAUUCCCCAGCAUCGAGGCAGAAACUGCAUAACGGCGUCAAGAGGACGGUCCGGUUCUACCCGGUGAGCGUGAUCGUGGACGAAGAUUGCAGGCCGUGCGGACAAAAAUCACUGUGUGAAGAAGAUCACGACGAGUACAACUCGAAUUCAAUGCCGGUGUCCAUGCCGAGUGCGUGGAAAAUCGGAGGGAGGCCGCCAACAUCGAGGAAAACAGAGGAAACAGAGCAAGUCAAAUCCCAUGCGAUUGAGAAAAGCCGGCGCGUGGAAGAGGCGGCGAGAGAGUUCUUAAGGGAUUACUACCAGAACCAGAAGAAGCUGAGAAACGACAGUUUCGCGGCGAGGGGCCACCAGGAGAUUCAUCAGGUCGGCUAUGACGAGGGCGAUUGCCAUGACGACGACGACGACGCGGCAAGUUAUUCGAGCUCAGAUCUGUUUGAGCUUGAUCAUCUUGCAGUAAUAGGCAAUGAGAGAUAUUGUGAAGACCUUCCAGUGUAUGAAACUACUCAUGUGGGCACGAAUCGUGCGAUUGCUAAUGGACUGAUCAUGUAA